AUGAAUUCAAUAUUUUUUAGCACAGACUCGUGCAAAGGCUAUGAUUUAGUUGUGGUUGGUGGUGGCAUUAUUGGAUGCGCUACUGCCCGGGAAAUGAAAAUCAGGCAUCCUCAGAUGCGAAUAGCAAUUGUGGAAAAAGAGGAUGGUCUCGCAAAACACCAAACUGGUCAUAAUAGUGGAGUUAUUCACGCAGGCAUUUAUUAUAAACCUGAGAGUCUUAAAUCAAAAUUGUGUGUAGAAGGUCUAAAAUUAUCAUAUGAUUAUAUUAAAGAGAAAAAUAUUCCAUUCAAGCAAGUAGGAAAGCUUAUAGUGGCGAGCAACGAUUCUGAAAUUACCUAUUUAAAUGAACUGUAUGAAAGAGGAUUAAAAAAUAAAUGUCCUGACAUCGAACUUAUUGACAAAAACUGUAUUAAAAAUCAUGAACCAAAGUGCACAGGUGUAAAGGCAAUAUGGUCUCCUUGGACUGGAAUAGUCGAUUGGGCAGUAGUAUGUCAGCAUUUUGCCGAAGAUUUAAAAAAAAUGGGGGGUGAUAUAUUUUUAAAUUUUGAAGUUUCCGGUAUCGCUGAAUGCGUCAAAUGUAAGGGGGAAACUAACUCACCGUUUAUAUCUUUAUAUUCGACAAACAAAUACCUCAAUACCAAAUACAUUUUAACGUGUGCAGGUUUGCAUUCGGAUCGAUUAGCAGCUAUAACAGGUUGUGACUUGAGUACACGUAUUGUACCCAUUCGUGGUGAAUAUCUUUUAAUUAAAGAAGAUAAGAAAAAUUUCAUAUCAACAAAUAUAUAUCCAGUGCCUAAUCCGAAAUUUCCAUUUCUGGGUGUUCAUUUUACACCAAAAUUAAAUGGAGAUACAUGGAUUGGUCCAAAUGCCGUUGUAGCAUUUGCGAAAGAAGGAUAUCAUUGGAAGAAUAUAAACAUUAAAGAUUGUGCAGAAUUAGCUAAUUUCUCGGGUCUUUAUAAAUUAUGUUUUAAACAUAUUGCUUCCGGAAUAUACGAAGUGAUUAAAUCCAUUUUUUAUGUAUUGUCUAUUAAAGAAUCUCAAAGAUUUGUACCAGAAAUCCAAUUUCGUGAUGUAGUAAGAGGUCCUGCAGGCGUAAGAGCACAAGCACUUGACAAUAAUGGUGAUCUUAUAGACGAUUUUUUAUUUGAUACUGGUUUAAAUAAAAGAGUUAUCCAUUGUCGAAAUAUUCCCUCGCCAGGAGCUACAAGUAGUCUGGCUAUCGCUAAAUUUAUUUCAGAUAAGUUAGAAAAAGAUUUUAAACUUUAAUCCAGCUUUUAUCAAUAUGAUAAGAUAUUUUCAGUCACGUUGAAGAUAUUAAAGAGAUUAUAAAUUAAAAUAAAUUAUGAAGUUAAACAUCAUUUGGUCUAUAAUACUAUUUUUGUUAA